CACUUCUCCUCGCUCACAGUCACCACCACACACACAGCGUGCUCCAAGAACUCAGUCCAAGUCGUCCAAGGGAAGGGAUGGCCGCAAUGGCGGAGGGGGCGGGGGAGCCGGAGCUGGUGUCGAUCCCCGUGACGCCACGGGGGUUGUCAACGCCGGAGGGGGUGUCAACGCCGCCGGUCAGGAGGGGAGGAGCGGCGACGAGCGGCGCCGGGACGCCGGUGCGCCGGGUGGUGGAGGGCCUGCGCGGCUACCUGGAGGAGGUGGGCCACCUCACGCGCCUCAACCCGCAGGACGCCUGGCUGCCCAUCACCGAGAGCCGCAGCGGCAACGCCAGCUACGCCGCAUUCCACUCUCUCAACGCCGGCCUUGGGUUCCAGGCGCUCCUCCUCCCGCUCGCCUUCCCCGCACUCGGAUGGAGCUGGGGGAUAAUAUCAUUGACUGUUGCCUACUUCUGGCAACUAUACACACUCUCCAUUCUAGUCAAGCUUCAUGAAGCAGUCCCAGGCAGGAGGUACAACAGAUAUGUGGAGCUUGCACAAGCCGCAUUUGGGGAAAAACUGGGAGUGUGGCUAGCUCUUUUCCCAACUAUUUAUCUCUCGGCGGGCACUGCAACUGCAUUGAUUCUUGUUGGAGGGGAGACUAUGAAGCUCUUUUACCAAAUAGUGUGCGGCCCCCUUUGUACACCGAGCCCUAUUUCGACGGUCGAGUGGUACUUGGUAUUCACAUCCUUAGCAGUCAUUCUUUCCCAGCUCCCAAAUCUCAACUCGAUUGCUGGGCUUUCGCUUAUCGGUGGCGCCACAGCGAUAAUGUACUGCACCAUGUCGUGGGUUCUCUCUGUUAGUCAGCAACGGCCGGCAGCAAUCUCUUAUGAACAAGUGAGAUCCACUUCUUUUGGUUCAUCGUUGUUCUCUACCUUGAAUGCUCUUGGGAUAAUAGCCUUUGCAUUCAGGGGACACAAUCUUUCAUUAGAAAUACAGGCGACGAUGCCGUCGACUUUCAAACACCCUGCACAUGUGCCUAUGUGGCGCGGGGCCAAAGCGGCUUAUCUUCUGAUUGCAAUGUGCAUCUUCCCUGUUGCCAUUGGGGGUUACUGGGCCUACGGAAACAUGAUGCCACAAGGAGGGAUCCUGACCGCCCUCUACAUCUUCCACGGCCACGACAUCUCCCGUGGGCUCCUUGCGGCGACGUUCCUCCUCGUUGUGUUCAACUGCCUUAGCAGCUUCCAGAUAUACUCCAUGCCGGUGUUCGACAGCUUUGAGGCCUUCUACACAGGUCGCACCAACCGGCCCUGCUCGGUCUGGGUCCGGUCUGGAUUCAGGAUCUUCUACGGGUUCAUCUCGCUCUUCAUCGGCAUCGCUCUGCCGUUCCUCUCCAGCCUCGCCGGCCUUCUGGGCGGCCUAACACUGCCGGUGACGUUUGCCUACCCGUGCUUCAUGUGGAUCUGUAUCAAGAAGCCUGAGAGGUUCAGCUACAGCUGGUACGUGAACUGGGGCCUCGCCCUGCUCGGCACCGCCUUCAGCUUGGCCUCCUCUGUGGGUGGUGUCUGGAGCAUCGUUAACACUGGGAUGAAGCUCAAGUUCUUCAAGCCCAACUAGCAUGCCUGCUAUUUUCAGCUUGCAAAUUUAUGAUAUAUAGGUAUAUGCUUCUUAUAUUACAUGCCUUGGAAAGACCAAUGGCAUUAAGUGGUGUUGAUCUUAUAUUAGUAGAGUCUGUCUUGGUAAAAAUGUAAGUAUCCCCUGUUGGAUAACAAAAACAUGAGCCGAUCAAAGUCUUGUAGUGGCAACCUUAUGAAGGUCAAAUGUAACUCGAACAAUUUAUAUAACUACUAUCUCUGUGCUGAUAGCGUA